AGCUCAGACCAUGAUUGUUGUGGAAAUUCAGCUGCAUUAUAAAGAAGCUAUUUUGGUGUCAUUAAACAGUUUUGCCUGAAAAGAAAUAUAUUUUAUUGAAAAGAAAUCAGUAGAGUUACCUUGCAUAAGUGAUUACGUGACCACCUACGUUCCCCACACCUUUCGAGUAUGGGUGUUUGGUUGUAAUGCCCGUGCCUCAUUGUGGUACAUCGUGAAGGUUACAGAUUCAGGGAUACUCUCAAGAUGUCAUCGGUUUACUUCGGCCACAAGGCGACUCCCAUACGCCACCGGCAUUGCAAGAUUGCUGAAAAUCAGGAGCCAGCCUAAUCUCCAAGGGAAGCACUUCAGUUAUUCCCCGAGUUACCUUUCAGAUGAUGACAAAACAAUAACAAAUACAACUAUUAUGGUUCAAGAUGGUCUCAACAUCCAGGAAUUGCCAUGCAUUGUUCAGAUCAUCAACGGCGAAUUCAGUGUGUUUAGCAAUGGCAAGAGCCAAGCGGGUAGAAAGCUGGAAGGGCUGGGGCUAGAGAUUCCUCAAGUUUCAAAGAAUCUGUUUAAGAAUAUAAAUUUUGAAGAAGAGCAGGAAAUGAUUUUGGGAUUCAUGAGGUGUUUGAAAGUGGCUGACAUCUUCAAAUUACUUGAAGUUUGUCCAGAAGAGGAAGUGUCACCAAAUGUUGCGUUAGCUGUAAUUAAGAGGAUAUUUGAAUUGGAAAACAAUUUUGAGUAUCGUAAUAGAGGACUUAAUUUGUAUCCAGAAGAAUCACCAUUUACUUUUACAAGAGGGGCAGUCAUGAAGCACUUGAUAGAAAUUAUUUGUGGUAGUUAUGAUGCACAGAACAUAAUAGAUGCUCUAAGAGUGAUGGGUCGUGAUUCUUAUCAAGGCAAUAAGCAGAAAUAUUUGGAGAAACUAUGCAAUGAAUGCAUUAUUAGAAUUACAGAAGGAAGAAUGACUGUGGAACAAGUCUGUGAAAGUGCCAAAGCAUUUCAUAAUCUUGGUACAACUGGAUCCCAGUACAUGGAAAAGGUUUGGGUCGGAAUAACAGAUCAGGUAGAAGAUAUUAAUGUGAAGGAAGCUUGCAAUAUUAUGAGCAUCCUGCCACUAGUAAAGCAGAGCCGUAAGCAUUUGUAUAAUAUAGUUGAAAGAAGAAUGGGAAGUUUGUGGUACAAACUGAAAUCUGAAGACAUAAUUAGGAUUCUCCAUGUUUUAAUACAGCUCAAACUGACUGGUAGUCGGAUGCUACCAAUGAUAUCAAGAUGGACCAAUUUGAAUAUCCAUGUUCUUACAGAAAGUAAUAUACGGUGGAUUGUCUACUCCCUUAUGAGUCUAAAUUUCACAGAUGCAAAUAUUCAAAAGUCCCUUACAAGAUUCAUGAAGGUAAAGAAGUCAAACAUAAAUGAUCCUAGUUUGAUUGCUGUAAUCAUGGAUUACUGUGUAAAAAUGCGAAUUAGGAGCCCAGAGGUUUUGGAUACUGGAGUUGAAUAUUUUAUGCAGAAUGCAUCUAAACUCUCAGUGCCUCAAGUAAACAGCCUGUGUAGACCCUAUGGUCUGUUGAAUUAUGAGCCUCCAAAUGCUUCAGCUUUCUUUCUAGCCUUUGAAAUGCUUCUGGAGGAGAAAUUUGUCCAAUUUCCUCCAAAUAUUAUGAUUGAUUUACUGCUGUCAUGUGUUUAUUUAAAACGCUACCCAAUAAAUUUUGUGAAAAAAGUGUUUAAUCCCUACUUCUUUGACAGAAUUCACACAUUGGAUCCAGCAGAAAUGAGAUUAACAAGAACAAAACUGAAAGUUCUUGAUCGGGCUCUUUGUCUGGAAGCUUCAAACUACAGUGGGCCAAUGCUUCCUAGGGAUCACUCAGCCAAAAGUUUUUGGCGCGAUGCUAGAAUUAUGCGCUGUGUAAAUAUGAUCCAAGCACCUCUCAUUGAGAUUGUAGGAACCAGUGAGCGCAUAACUCCUUCUGCUAUUUUACCAAACUUUCCAGGUACAGAGAUGUAUGUGGUGGAUUGUGUGAUUGACAUGGCAGGAAAAUUGUCUCUGAAGUCUUUCAAGUGGAGUAGUAACAAAUAUGCAUUACUAAUUCAUCCACCAGAGCAUUACAUUUUAAAUGAAGAUCUCCUUGUAGGACCACAGGCAAUGCGUAAGCGUCAUUUGGCAAUGUGUGGCUUUAAAGUGGUUAGCCUAAGCUACGAGAAGAUGAAUAGACUUCGUAUGUACCCAGAGCUCUUGAAAAAUUACAUUGAAGACAAAAUGAAAGAAGCAACAUCUGUGUAACAUGCUUGUUCAGAGGCAGAAAACUGUUUGUGUGUUUAUAGUGUGAUGGCGUUUUUGUGAGAUAGAAUCAUGAAUACAAAAGUAUAGCAUAAUUAAUUUAAAAGAAAAAAUGAGAAUUUACUUAUAAGCAAAUAUAGCAAGUCUAGUCAAUUACUGUGAUAUAAUUUUAGAAGGAAUUGAAUAGAAAUAGACUUUCAUUCAGCAACAAUAAAAAUCGAGUCACUAAAACUGAGGCUGAACUUGAGGUGCUGAGGUUUGCAUCCAGAGUGUCUGCUGCUGCCCAUAGAGCUGUGAUGCGUAAGAUCCGUCCUGGAAUGAAAGAAUACCAACUUGAAGCAAUCUUCCAACACCACUCUUACUACCAUGGUGGUUGUCGUCACCAGGCCUACACUAAUAUAUGUGGUUCUGGGUGCAAUGCUGCUGUGCUUCACUAUGGACAUGCUGGUGCUCCAAAUGCUAGAACCGUUGGUGAUGGAGACAUCUGCCUGUUUGACAUGGGUGCUGAAUACUACUGCUAUACCAGUGAUAUCACUUGCUCUUUCCCCGCAAAUGGAAAAUUCACAGAAGAUCAAAAGGUUAUCUAUAAUGCUGUUCUUAAUGCCUCACGUGCUGUUAUGGCUGCUGUGCGUCCAGGAGUGUCUUGGGUAGAGAUGCAUCGUGUGGCAUACCGAGCAAUGCUGGAGAAGCUGAAGGAAGCAAACAUUGUUCAAGGAGAUAUUGAUGAAAUGAUGAAGGUCAGUUUGGGUGCAGUGUUCCAGCCCCAUGGUUUAGGACAUUUAUUGGGUCUCGAUGUCCAUGAUGUUGGUGGCUACCUUGAGGGUAACCCAAAUCGUCCUCAAGAAGCAGGCUUGCGCUCCUUGCGAACAGCCAGGAUUCUAGAGGAAAACAUGGUUCUGACCAUUGAACCUGGGUGCUACUUCAUCGACCAUCUCCUGGACCAGGCUCUUGCUAACCCAGAGCAAGCUCGUUUCUUGGUUCCUGAGGCCAUUGCCCGCUUCCGUGGAUUUGGUGGAGUGAGAAUUGAGGAUGACAUUGUUGUCACAGCCAAUGGCAUGGAAGACUUGACUGGAGGAAGCAUACCAAGGACUGUGGAAGCUAUUGAGCAGCACAUGGCUGAAGGUCAAAGGGAGGAAGAAAUGUUUAUCCCUCAGCUCCAUGCCCAGGAAAAGCUGGGUCACUAGAAACAAGUUCUUGCCAUACUUUCAAAGGGAACAGUAGCUAAUCUUUCACCAAUGUACUACAAAAUAUGACCCAGAUUGUUACAGUACAAAUAAAAGUUUCCAGCAGUGUUUUCACAUAAUUAGCACAAAAUUUGAUACUUCAUUGUAUAAAACUAUAUAUUCUUGAUGAUAUUUACUUUUGUACCAGAUGAAUAGGUUACUGCCUGAUUAGUUGUAAUACAUAGGUGAGAAUUAACAUAAACUGUGGAAAUGAAACAUGUUUUCACAUUAUUUUGAACUGAUUUUGAACUGAUUUCAUGUCCAGUUAUUAGCCACUACUAACUUGUUAACGUCACAAAUAUGUGUUGGAUAUAUACUCAAGCAUAUAUUAUACUUUUUAACAUGAAUUUUUUUUCUUUUUAACAUCAUCUUUCAUAUAUCAGAUGAAAAAAAAUUGUUUCUCAGCAAUUGGUAGCAAACAGUUGAUCCAAUAUAACUCAAUAUUGUGGGUUUUAUAAUGUGAAAGAUUAUUGUGGGGAAAAGGGUUGUGAUCAUUUUUGUACAUGUUCACUUUUAUGUAUCAGGGAAAAGAAUAUAUAUAUAUGUUGGAAAUAAAGUUUUGGUGACUCA